CAUUAAUAACCGUGACUUUUCUCCACUUACCGUGGUAAUCAAGGAAUUUGAUGCAGAGAACAACGUUUCCCAUUCCACCCUAUCAGCCUCUCUUUCAAAUUAAAACCCUCCAUGCUCCAUUUACCAUAUUUUAACGACGAAUUUCAGAAUCAAACUCCAUUAACAGGUUUUAGGUUGAUUUCUGUGUGACAUUCUAGAGGAAUUAUGUAUAUAGUGGCAUCAAAGAGGAACUCUCCAAUCCGUUCGAUGGGUGCGUCUUCUAAGAAAUGUAAGAAAAGAGGCAAAAGAAAGUCAGGCAAUAGAGUCAAAAGGAGAGUUAAUCGUAAAAUCGACUAUAUUUCAGAUUUGCCGGAGCAUGUGCUUCAUCAUGUCCUCUCUUACCUCCAUGCCAAGGAUGCUGCUCGGACUAGCAUCCUUUCUACCAGAUGGUCGGAAGUCUGGAACUCAUAUCAGAAAGUGGCUUUUGACCUACGCCACCUUCACAAGAUGAAAAGUGCUUCAAAGAAAAAUUACAAGAAUGUGAUUGAUGGGUUGCUUAAAUAUCCUGAAGUUGGUCGAGAGCAAUUGUAUUGUAUUGACAAACUCAAAUUAUGCUUGGCUGCUGAUUCGGGAAUAACAGAAUCAGAUUUGAAUGAUUGGAUUUCUGCUGCUGUUGAGAGGAAGGUCGGAGAACUUGAAGUCCAAGUCAAAAGUGGCAUUAGCUAUCUUUUGCCUUCGUGUGUCAUAUGUGGGAGUUCGAUUACUGCAUUGAACUUGUAUAAAUGUCUUUUACCUGAUGAUUCUAUAAAUCUUCCACGACUGCAGAAGCUAUCUUUUAAGCUUAUGGAUAUCACCCCGCUGAUGCUCCAAAAUUUUAUCUCUGGUUGCCCACUCAUUGAGGACUUAAGGUUAAUACAAUGCGUUGGACUGAAAAGCCUGAGAAUUGGCAACCUUGAAAGGCUGAGGAGAGUUGAUCUUCACAUGUGUCACAUGCUUGACAAAAUUGUUAUUGAAACGCAGUGUCUAGAGACUUUCUGGUAUUACAAUAAUAAGAAAAGGCUCUGUAAUAUCAACUUAUCAGCAUGUAGAGCACUCAAAGAGCUGAUGCUGGAAUAUCCCAGGAUGACAGAUAAGAUGUUUCGUGAUCAAAUGUUAGAAUUCCCGGAACUUGAGAAGUUGGUUAUCAGCAGAUGCAAUGGGUUAAAGAAAAUCCGCCUUACUGGAGACAAGCUCAGGAAACUAGUAAUCAGAAGAUGCAGGAGAUUAAAAGAGGCUCAUAUUAGUGCUCCAAACAUAUCGUCACUUGAGUACCGUGGUAAAAGGAUGCCAUUCAUGCUCCAGACCCGUCCACGUUUGAAGGAAGUUAUGCUUACCUUUGAACCAUCUUUGAGAGUUGCGAGUGAAUGGGAAGUUGGGGGAGUUGAUGCAUCUAGGCUAUACAGCUUCCUUGAGGUUAUCGAUCAUUGCAAAGGGCUGAAUUUGAUGAGCCUUAACAAACUGGAUAUAGUUAUUUAUGAAGACGUCAGGGCCAUGUUUCUUCCUUUGCGCCAUAUAUCCAAACCGCAUGGAGUUCAAAUAUCUGCUCGCUUUCAGGAUUUGCUUGAUGCUGCAUUGAAGACAUCGCCUUUACCACCCACUUUUUCUGUAGUCUCCCACAACAGCAGUGAAUUUCCAGAGAUCAUUUACAAAGAGUUGAACAAAGAAAAGGCAGAACCAGAUUGCUGUGGAUGCUUCAAGAACAAAUGUUGGAGGCAUUACUUGAAGAAUGUCUUUGUCAAAAACAGGAUUUUUGAGUCAAGUGAGUGGUCCAAAGCUUCCACGUCUCUUGAAUGGCAGAAAACGACCUUUACGUUCGAUUGGAAAACUGAUAGGCAAGGUCGAAAAAAUCAGAAAGCCGGAAGGAGUUAAUAAAGUUGAAAGAGAUCGAGACAUGGAGGAGGAGGUUUGAUGUCAAGACACAUGGAUCAUCCCAAAUUCAGUCGAAGAAUAGUAAGAGAAGGAAGGUGUCUGCCAAGUGCCAACAAGAAGGUCCCAUAUCUCUUCACUAACCUUGAUUGUGAUUGUAGGUGAAGUUAGAAGAAAAAGGAAGUGUACUAAUCCCCCUUCAUUGGAAGUCUAUCACCCAAGAAAAAAGUGUGCUACUCAUUUUUAUAGUUCGUAUAAUAUUAGAUGUCCAAUUCGUCCAUGGUCGUGCAACAAUAAUUGUCGUUGUGUAAGUUCUAGUAGUCUCAAGGUCUGUGUUUGUGUCUCUCAUGAAAAGACUAAUGGUCUAAAUAAUGGAUAGUGCUUAACUUUUGAGGUUUGUUAUGU